AAUAAUAAAUUACGGUACCAAACAAAAACAAAUUCGUUUGUUUUACCUAAAAAGUUGCAAUUUUUGGUGGAUAAUUUGGUAAUUUGGGGUUCAAACAUUUGCAAAAAGUGACAAAAAAGAAGCGGACGAUUUAACCAUGCCACCGAAGCUAAAAUUCUCCGAGGGGGAGAAGGUUCUCUGCUUCCACGGGCCACUAAUCUACGAGGCCAAAUUGCUCAAAAGUAUGGUCAUGAAGGACAAGCAGGUUAAAUACUUUAUCCACUACGCCGGCUGGAACAAGAAUUGGGACGAAUGGGUUCCGGAGAACCGGGUCCUCAAGUACAACGAGGCCAACGUGCAGCGCCAGAAGGAGGUCACCAAGCUGCACUCGUCGCUCGCGGCCAAGAACAAGAAAGCCAACGCAAAGGCCAAGAAAGCCGACACCAGCGCCGGUUCCAGCAAGGACGGCGAUUCACGAGCGUCAACUCCCUCCAAGGAAGUGGGCAAGGAGAAGGACGGACCUUCCUCCUCGUCUGACACUCCCGGCACGGUCACACCCACCACUUCCGCCUCGAGUACAGCCUCGACGGCACCGGCGCCGACCAGCAGUCGCAGCCGAUCAUCGGCAAAAUCCGCCGGAACACCCGCGGGAGCUGCCGGAACUCCGGUAUCGACAUCCACCCCGACCGCAACAACCCCCGCCACCACCACCACCAAGGACAAAUCCGAGGAGAAGGAAACGCCCAUCGAGAAGCGCAAAUCCGAGGACGCUCCGGAAUCCGGAUCGGCCGCCGCCCGCAAGAAACGAGGCCGCAGUGACACGACCUCGUCCAACGUCGAAUCCGAGGACCAGUUCCUCUCGAAGGUCGAGGUCAAGAUCAAAAUCCCCGACGAGCUCAAGCCCUGGCUCGUGGACGAUUGGGACGCGAUUUCGCGCCAAAACAAACUCGUCGAACUUCCGGCAAAGUCCACGGUCGAAGAAAUCGUCGAAAAUUACGUCCAGUACAAAAAGGCCAGCAAAGUGUCGACCGCCGUCAAGGAGAGCGCCGUCCAGGACAUCGCCAAGGGCAUCAUCGAGUACUUUAACGUGAUGCUCGGCUCGCAGCUGCUCUACAAAUUCGAACGUCCUCAGUACGCGGAAAUGAUCCAGACAAACCCGGGCGUCCCGAUGGCCAAGAUCUACGGCGCAUUCCACCUGCUUCGGCUCUUUGUCCGGCUCGGAUCGAUGCUGGCCUUCACCGCGCUCGAUGAAAAAGCGGUCCAAAGUCUAAUCGGACACAUUCAAGACUUUCUCAAAUAUUUGGUCAAAAACAGCAGCACACUGUUCAAUAUGCAGCAGUUUGUCAACGCCAGUCCGGAGUAUCACCGGAAGGCGCUAUGAUGAACGGACAAAGGAGUGAUCCCCAAAAACUGGACUGGACAAAUGAAAUAAUUGAUAGCCGACUGCUUAUUAUUGACUUCUUUAGAUUGUAGUGUGACACAAUUUAACCCCAAACUUUUAAGGCAUCCCUCCACUUUGAGUGUUAUUUCCAAUUACGAAAUAUAAACAUGGGAUUUAAUAUUGAUGUAUCAAACUGGAAA